AUGCCAAAAGACUUCAACCCACCCCGACCGCAGCGCAAAACGCCCUACCCAGACCGAUCACGCAAACCCAAAUCAAAGCCGCAGCAAGACCGCGGAGAAGAAAAGCAACACCCAUCCGUCAACGAACUCAAGCGUCGCAUUCGAGAUGCUAAGCGUCUUCUCGCAAAACCAGAACUCCCUGCCGAUAAGCGCAUCAUCCAGGAGCGUGCGCUGGGUGGGUAUGAGAAGGAAUUGGCGGAUGAGGAGAGGCGGCGCGAGAGGUCGCGGAUGAUCAAGAAGUAUCAUUUUGUUAGAUUCCUGGACCGCAAAACAGCCACGAAGGAAGUCAACAGACUUACGCGGAAACGAGACGAGCUAGGCAAGGAUAUCGAUAUCGACGAAGGAACAAAGAACAAGAAGCUCGAGAAACUGGAUGCCCGGCUACACACCGCGAAAGUGAACCUGAACUACACGAUCUACUACCCGCUUACGGAGAAGUAUAUUUCGAUCUACGCGGAGAGGAAGAAGGGUGACUCGGGUCAAAAUGAGGACGUUGAUAAGGAGGAGGAGACGGCGCAACCAGAGGAAACUGUGAGCGCCGCGACCGCAGCAGAGAAGAAAGCUAUGCUGCAGACCAUUGAAAAGUGCAUGGAGGACGGAACGCUUGAUCUGCUUCGGGAAGGGAAAUUGAGCUCGAUCGCCGAAAACGAGGCCAGAGCCGGAACUAAGACGGAAACGAAGUCGAAAUCGAAGUCGCAGUCGAAGAAGGACACUGGUGACAAGAAGGCCAGCAACAAGGAGAAGGCAGAGGUCAAGACCAGCAAGCCCGAUGGUCGAAAAGGGAAGAGCGCGAAACACGCUCCAUCGGCACCAGUCGAGGAGAGCGGAGACGAAAGCGACGGCGGUUUCUUCGAGAUGUAA